AUGUACGGCUACGAUCAAUAUGCAUCAUAUGGGGCUCAAGCGACUCAAGCCAUGGCGAAUGCCGCCUACAAUGCGGCUGCAGCAAGUCAACAAAUGCAGCAAGCUGCCCAAUUCCAGGCGCCAAACUUUGUCUCCGUCCUCGGCGACUAUUCUGGAGCGGCACAUUACAACUAUGCACCUCCAGCCGCCACUCUUCAAUACCAAGGUUACCAAACAUAUCAACCGCAACCUUUUCAAAAUCCACUUGCCCAAGCCCAGGGUUUUGCCCAAGCCACCGGGCCUCCAGCCCUAGCUGCAUACGCUAAUGCGCAAGCCGUAGCGAAAUUUGGAGCAACCACGGCUCACAAACCCCCUCCACAAUUAGGCCAGCCUAACUUUUUUGAAAGCACAGUUAAUACGGCUGUCACCUCAUAUCUCCAAUCGAAGGCAACUGGUCAAACUAAUCAGUGGAUGAAUAAGAAGAACCCGCCUGGCAUGAAACCUAUGCCCCCUAAAUCUCGCUUUAAUGGAACUUCAGGCAACACGGGACCUCCCGCUCAACAAUUUUACUGCGAGACCUGCAAAAUAUCGUGUGCAGGCCCGCAAACUUUUAAGGAACACAAUGACGGGCAGAAGCAUAAGAAGAAGCUUGCAUUGGCGAGUGGGGAAGAUAAGGUGACAUUGCCGAGGAAUAAGGUCUCAUUUCGAUGCGAUUUAUGUAAUGUGACCUGUACGGGGCAGGAUAGCUACAACUCCCAUAUCAAAGGGUCGAAACAUCAGAAGGCUGUACAAACGUGUAAGAAGAUGGGUAAAGUGGUACCUCAAGAUCAACCAACGAUCAUCCCUCCAUCGCAGAUGGGUGGCGCCAAGGCUGUUCCCGCUCCUGAGCAAGCUACGGCCAAGAAAGCUGUUGCUGCUUCUGCCAUUUCAUUUGUCCAGUCCGGUGCCCUCUCAACCACUGGGGCUGCCGAAGACAAGAAGAAGGCAUGCGAAGAAGCCGUUAGUUCUGCUGGCCCACCGGCUUUAGAUCGGGAAGUGCAAGCACUCUUGGAUGCCGAGCAAUCCCUAAAGCCCAUCGGAGAAGAAUUCGUUGAAGACCAGCGUGAUCACACAGGGAAAGUGAUACAAUUCUUGUGUAAGCUAUGCGAUUGCAAGUUCAGUGAUCCGAACGCUAAGGAUAUUCACCUAAAGGGGCGGCGACAUCGGCUCCAGUACAAGGUGAAAGUGAACCCCAGUAUUGAGGUGGAUAUCAAAAUGAAUCCGAAGAGCAAGAACAAAUCGGUCAAUGUGUUGCCUCGGGCCGUUCAUAUGCCGUAUACGAACUACACUUUCCAGCCGUACGGCGAUAAAACCGAAUGCACCGAUGACAGCUUGGUCAUGACGAAGCACAAUUUGAUAUAUCCAGACGAGGAAAUGCUUCGCUUUAUCGAACAUAUCGUCGUCAACAUUGAGAAAGCGCUGAAAAACGUGUCAGACGAGCUCCUCGAACGUCUUGCCACCAAAAACAAAGUGGAACUGAAGGAUGCAAAUGAUAUGCGUACUUUGAAGGGCGUGACGAGAGUAACAGCACUGGCAAAGCAGCUUGUCCUGAAGGAAGACCGAGAAGUUGAGGUUGUUUUACUAAUGUCAACCUAUCCUACCGAAGUAAUGCUGCGGGAAGUCUCCGAACUCAUCCAGAAGCACUGUCAGCCUGUACCAUUUGGAGGACAACCGGUCCCUGUGAAGACUGAGAACCAGAUCAGCCAGGCUUCAAUCUUGGUGUCAGCCGGUACAGCUCCCCUGAAGUGCCGCAUCUCGAUGACAUCCCCUGUGGCCCGUGAGAAUGAUCCCGCCAAUUUUGCUCAAUGGAAGCCCGGCGGUGGCUUGCCAUUGGAGAAAUGCUUGAAGUCGCUGGCCAAAAUCCGUCACACAAAAUGGUUCCAAGCCAGGUGUCCCAACCUACAGUCAUGCCAGAUUGUACAACGACUACUUCGGGAUCUCAGAAUCCGUUUGCCGGCCUGGGCCAUCCUCGACGAAUGGUCGACAGAAUUGUUAGUCGAGCGGGUAUUGGCUUCCAGCGAAGCACGCUUGAGUCCCGGAAACGCAUUAAGGAGAGUAUUCGAAGCCAUUUCCUGCGGCUUGCUACUGAAAAACGGGCCCGGACUCGAAGACCCAUGUGAGAAGGAGAAGACUUGCGCUCUGGCAUACCUUACCAGUCAACAGCGCGAAGAUAUCACGUGCAGCGCGCAACACGCGCUCAGACUUAUCGUGUUCAAACGGAUGACCACGGUGUUGGGUAUUGAAGAUGUGGUUGUGGCCGCUGGCGCUGACCGAAAGCGCCAUUUAGAAGAAGACCAAGACGGUGCCGUCAAACGCGAACGGAAGGAC